AGAGCAAUGUCGUGGAACGGGAGACAGAACGGAGGCAGCGUCAGGCAAGUGAUCUUGUUCCUUCUGUGCGUUUGCGUGUGGCAGAGCGGGGCCGAAAGCCUCCGCUAUUCUGUGGCGGAGGAGAUGGAGAGGGACUCCUUUGUGGGCAAUAUUGCCCAGGACCUAGGGCUGGAUCCGAGUCAGCUGGCAGCUCGCAAGGCGCGCGUUGUGUCCGAGGGGAACCAGCAGCUUUUCCGCCUCAACCCGAGCACCGGCGUGCUGACGGCUACGGAGUCUCUGGACCGAGAGGAGAUCUGUCCUCAGAGCGACACCUGCACACUGUUCUUUACACUCUUUCUUGACAACCCGUUGCAGCUGAUCCGAGGUGAGGUGGAGGUUCUUGAUGUGAAUGAUAACUCCCCCGUGUUCCCGGAGAAGGAAAUGGUUUUAGACAUUCCAGAAACGACACCUCCUGGGUUCAGAUUCCUUUUGGAAAGCGCUUGUGACAAGGACGUGGGAAUCAAUGGUUUGCAGAACUACAGCCUCGGGUCCAAUUUGUAUUUCUCUCUCGUUCUCGGAACAGGUAAAGAUGGAAUAAAAUACCCAGAGCUCGUCUUAGGUCAGCAUCUGGACCGUGAAGAGGUGCCGAAGAUCAGUUUGAUCCUCACGGCCACGGACGGGGGCUCGCCACCCAGAUCAGGCACCGCUCUGAUAGAGAUCGUGGUGCUGGAUGCCAAUGACAACAUGCCAGUCUUCAGCCGGGAGGUCUACGGAGUGCGUAUCGCUGAGAACACCCCCACGGGGCAUCUAGUGGUGAGAGUCGCGGCCACAGAUCCCGACGACGGCUCCUAUGGAAAACUGCAGUACACAUUUAGCAGGACAUUGGAGGGGUCUCAGCAUGUGUUUGAGCUUAAUCCUGACACGGGGGAGAUUCGGGUGAUAGGAAAACUGGACUUUGAGGAAACAAAAAAACACGAGAUGGUUGUGAAAGCCACCGACGGCGGGGGGUUGUUCACGCAGUGCAAAGUGCAGGUGGAGAUCGUGGACGUGAAUGACAAUGCCCCGGAAAUACAGCUGACCUCACACACUGCUUCCAUUCCCGAGGACGCUCCGCCACGCACCCUCGUGGCACUCUUCAGCGUGCGGGACCGGGACUCUGGAGACAACGGCAGAACAGAGUGCACCAUCGAAGGGGAUUUGCCCUUCACUCUCACCCCAACCUUCGGCAAUUUCUACGAGCUGAGAACCAACGCGGCGCUCGACAGGGAGACGACAGCAGAGUACAACAUCAGCAUCCGAGCGACGGACUGGGGCCCGCGGCGCCUGAGCUCUCGGCAAAGCCUGUGGGUGCAGGUGUGGGACGUGAACGACAACGCGCCCGCCUUCAGCCAGGAGCUUUACAGCAUGUGGGUGACGGAGAACAACAGCCCCAUGGUGCGCGUCGGCAGCGUGCAGGCCAGCGACGCGGACGCGGGCAGCAACGCUCGCGUGCAGUACGCGCUAGAGCGGGAGGAGGGCCAGGAGCAGCCCGCGCUGUCGGUCAGCUCGGAGAGCGGCGACGUGUACGUGGUGCGGUCGCUGGACUACGAGCGGCUGCGCGCCUUGGAGGUGUGGGUGUGCGCGGCCGACGGCGGCUCGCCGGCGCUGAGCGCGCGGGCGCUGCUGCGCGUGCUGGUGCGCGACGAGAACGACAACGCGCCGGUGGUGCUGCACCCGGGCGCCGAGAGCAGCGCGGGCGCGGGCGAGCUGGUGCCGCGCUGGGCGCCGGCAGGCUACCUGGUGGCCAAGGUGGUGGCGGUGGACGCGGACGCGGGGCAGAACGCGUGGCUGUCGUACGAGCUGGCCAAGGCCACGGAGCCGGGGCUCUUCCGCCUGGGGCUGCACAGCGGCGAGGUGCGCACGGCGCGGGCCGUGGCCGAGCGCGACGCGCCCCGACACAGGCUCGUCGUGCUCGUGCGAGACCGCGGACAGCCGCCGCGCUCGGCCAGCGCCACCCUCGCCAUCGCCCUGCUCCACGACUUCUCCGACGCCCACCUGCGCCUCAGCCACGAGGCGCCGCCCGCCGAGCCCGACGACACGCUCACUCUCUACCUCAUCGCCUGCCUGGCCUGCGUAUCCGCCCUCUGCCUGGCCACCGGCCUGGCCGCCCUGCUGAUGAAGCUGCGGCGGGACAGGCAGAGACAGGCUGAGCCCUUGCCCACCUUCCCGACGGCUGUGGCCGAGAGCGACGCAGGCUCCCUACCCCGCAGCUUGGUCUACGACGUGUGCUUGGCCACCGGCAGCCUGAGCAGCGAUUUUCACUUCCUCGGUCCCCUCUUGCCCUGCUUUCCUGCUGGGAUACCCCCCAACACAGCCCUACAGCGGAGCUCGAUGUGCUCUCAAGAGGCAUCCAACCUGGGAGAAGGAGGCGACUGGAAUGCACAGGGUCAGCAGGCGACAGUGGGGAACACUAGCGUGGUGGGGAAGACUGCUUUUGAGAUCUUUCCUCGAACCAGCGAAUUGCCUCGGCUUUGGCACGGGAAGCGCAUCUGGAAGCCGCAAAGACUAAGGCAGCAGCGCUGA